CUGGCCAUAUCGCCAUUUGCAACCUAGCUAAGGCUAAGUGGUAAAAAAAGGAAAAAAAAAGGAAAAAGACGCUUUCUUCCUGAGGUACAAGCGAAUGUUGGAUGAAUGCAUGUUGGGUAACAUUCUUUCACUCAGUCUCCAGCUUGCUGUAUCUUUCUUCUUUACUUUUUCUUUACUUUUGCCCUUGUACCUUCGUUUUUUCCUUCGUUUCUUUUUGGAUCACUCGCUUUUGAAAUACCCUUUUUGUUCUAUUCUCAUUCGCUCAGCCUCACCUUCAACGGUCUCAGAUCUCAUCUGACCUUUGGCCCCGUAAAGCGGCACGACGCUGUUGUCAUGAGCACUUAGCACUUUGACAGUUGCCCUUUUAACGUCAUACGCCCUCAAGGGCA